GAUCUGCACACGCAGCACAUGGCCAACAUACUGUGGGCCAUCUCCCGCGGCAGGCCGCACUCCCCGGUGGUGCGCGCGGCGGUCGUGGGGCUCCUCCCGCGGUGCCUGGCCGCCCACAAGCAGUUCAAGCCGCAGGAGGUGUGCUCGGUUCUGCAGGCGAUCUGCAGGGUGUUCGGGCGCCAGGGCACAG